AUUGGUUUAUCAAUAUCAUACUACGAAAUGAAAAUAGUCCCGAGUCCAUUUUAUCGUUUCUUAAACCCUUAAACCCCAAAUUGAAAUUGCUUGAUUUCUCACUUUCUCCGGUACCUCCGCGAACAUGGCGGAGUACGACACACAAGUCCUACGCGGGCAUGAGCUACGACUCCUACGCUGCACCCUCCGUCCACCGCCGUCUGAACCCUCUUCUCAGUAUCAACCUUCAGAUUUCGAUGCCUCUCUCCCUCCUCUCCACGCUCUCAUCUCCAUCAUCCUCACUUCCAUCGAGUCCGGGGACUACCUCGGAGCCCUUUCCUCGAACUCGGCACGACUCGUGCUUGCCUCGUCCGACUCUGACCUCUCUUCUGACUCGCCUGACCGUGUUUACUCCGAGUUACUCGACCGAGUCGAAUCGUUCAUCAACGAACCUUCCAUUGACGAUGCGGAGAAAGCUUGUAGAGUUGUUCUUGUUCUAUGCGUUGCUGUGGCCUCUUUGUUCUGGUUCACUCAGUGCAAUUUGACUGGGCCGGCGACUGGGUUGCCGAAGCGUCCACUACCAAUGAAGGCGUGGUGGGAAGGAAGUGAGAUGGUGGAGUGGGAGAAUUGGGCGAGGAAUAAACUCAUGGCUGCUGCUGGCUCUGACUUGCUUGGCAAGUUCUCUUAUCUUCAGUACAUAGUUUUUGCCAAAAUGUUGCUCCUGAAGACAAGGGAUCUACUAUUUGAAGCAAGUGCCGAGUACACAUUUAAAAUCAAGAGCAUUUCAUGGUGGCUGUUUAGAACUCUGCUUAUUCACCAACGAAUUUUGGAUGAGCGGUCUUCUUCUCUUUUUGACUUAUUACAAGUAUUUAAGGGUGAAACUUCUAGUCAUUUUGGAAGUUUGGAAAAAGUGACAAGUUAUUGGGAUGCUCAAUUGCAAGAUGGGGAAGCAUCUACAGUUGUUUCAAUGGUUCAUUUAGAAGCAGGGGUGCUAGAAUAUAUUUAUGGCCGACUUGAUCCUUGUAGGCUACACUUGGAGUCAGCUGAAGUGGCAGCUGGGCUUCAUCUCUCUGUUACUGGUGUUCUUGGCUUACGCACUGUACAUCAGGUGGAACCAAAGGCACAAAUGGUAUUGGUUGCAAAUACAAGCUUGAAAUCAGUAAGUGGUGAUAUCUGCUCCUCCAUAGCUCCUGGCAUACAGUUGUCCGGUCCAAACAUCAGUGAAGCUUCUGACAUAUUUAUGACACCAAAGCUAGUAGAGAAUGGUAAUGAUUUUGGAAAGAAUGAAUGUGGUGGUAGUGCUGCCACUUUAACAGCAGUCCAGCAGGCAGUGGUUUUAGCACAAUGCCUGCUAAUCGAAAAGGGUGGUCGACAAGAUGAAAUGCAAGGUUGGGAUAUGGCUCCGUAUAUAGAAGCAGUUGAUUCUCAACAAUCCUCAUACUUCAUUUUGCAGUGUUUCUGUAACAUAUUAAGAAUUCGUUGGGAGUCAACUCGCAGUCGCACAAAGGAGCGUGCUCUACAGAUGAUGGAUAACUUGGUUGAGAGUAUUCAUAAGCCUUCACCUGUGGUUCCACUGAGGCUUCCUUUUUGUUAUGCUGUUUAUAUCCCGACAAUUCCUGCUCUUCAGAAGCAAUAUGGUGACAUUUUAGUUAGCUGUGGUUUGAUUGGAGAGGCGCUUAAAAUCUUUGAGGAUUUAGAGUUGUGGGAUAAUCUAAUAUACUGCUACUGCCAAUUAGAGAAGAAAGCAGCUGCUGUUGAACUCAUCAAGAUGCGGCUGUCCAAAACGCCAAAUGACCCAAGAUUAUGGUGUUCAUUGGGUGAUAUUACAAAUAGUGAUACCUGUUACGAAAAAGCCUUGGAAGUUUCAAAUGAUAGGUCAGCACGAGCUAAGCGAUCUCUUGCUUAUAAUGCAUAUCAAAGAGGAGAGUAUGAGAGAUCUAAGAUCCUAUGGGAGUCUGCCAUGGCCUUGAAUUCAUUGUAUACAAAUGGAUGGUUUGCACUUGGUGCUGCUGCAUUGAAGGCUAGGGAUGUUGAAAAGGCGCUUGAUGGUUUUACUCGUGCGGUGCAACUUGAUCCUGAAAAUGGAGAGGCUUGGAAUAAUAUUGCUUGUUUGCAUAUGAUUAAGAAGAAGGGCAAAGAGUCCUUUAUUGCGUUCAAGGAGGCCUUGAAAUAUAAACGAGACAGCUGGCAGAUGUGGGAGAACUACAGCCAUGUUGCUUUGGAUGUUGGCAAUAUUGGUCAGGCUCUUGAAGCUAUUAAGAUGGUGUUAAAUAUGACCAAUAAUAAGAGAAUUGAUGUUGACUUACUAGAGAGAAUCAUGCAAUAUUUGGAGGAAAGGGCUUCAGCUAGACUGUCUGAUGUAACCAAUGAUGAUGAUCUUUCCAAUCAGACCAGUCCGAAUUCACUUGUAUAUUCUGUUAAUACAUCUGCAAAUGCUGAGCCGACUGUGAGGAAAUUGAGAGAAAAUGAGCAUUUGAUGGAGUUGGUUGGAAAAAUUCUACAACAGAUACUUCGAAGUGAAAGUAGGGCAGAAUUGUGGGGCUUAUAUGCAAGGUGGCAUAGAAUUAAAGGUGACCUCACAAUGUGCUGUGAAGCACUCUUAAAGCAAGUUAGAUCAUAUCAGGGAUCUGAUUUGUGGAAAGACAGAGACCGCUUUAAAAGGUUUGCUCAGGCCUCAUUCGAUCUUUGCAAGGUCUACAUGGAUAUUUCUUCCUCUACCGGUAGUCUUCGAGAACUACAUACAGCUGAGAUGCACCUGAAGAACAUUCUAAAACAGGGUGGCAUAUUUUCAGACACUGAAGAAUUCAGGAAUGUAGAAGCUUGCCUUAAUGAAGUAAAGAUGAAACUCCAAGCAGAGUCUACUACACCUACUUAAGAAGUCUGAAGUUGGGAAGUUUGCAGUAUGAUAUGAGAUUUAGCAUCUACUUCAGGUCCCCCCCUUCUUCCAUAACUAUGUCAACUUCUGGUUUUAGCUUAUGCUAAACUUUUGCAGUCAUAAUCUUCCUCUGCUUUAAUUAUGCUGCUAUUUGUUUUAUACAAGAGCACAUCUAUAAUAUUCAGUUUGGUUUUGUUUGGU